AUGGAGAUCCGUGUUGACGCCGCGGAGGGGAAUGCUGCCCCAAAGGAGACGUUUGUGUCAAUGCGAAUUGGGGAUUUCCAGAAGCAGUCCCGAUUCGGUGCUGCCAAAACAUACAAGUUUCCAAAGAUGGAGGAUCCAAAUGGCUUUGCCCGCAUCGAGGUGUUCCAGCGAGUCGGGCACCUGACCGUCAGCUUGGGCAAGCUUCACCAAAGUGAUCAGAGCGUGGAGGUUCCAGUGGAGAUGCCGGGAAUGUCUCAUCUUCCCAUGAGGCUUGGGCUCCAGGGAGCCAGUCCAGAGGCCAACCCAGAGCCCAAGGCUAAGAACGCCAAGGUGAAGACCAAGCUGGACGCUGCUCAGAAGUACUUGGCUGAUCAUCACUUGGAGGAAGUCAUUGCUGAUGCAAUGCGCGAGGUCAUUCACGAAAAGCCCGCGGAGCCACUUACAUUCCUGUCGUCCCAAAUCCUCAAACAUGCGGCCAAGAAGCCAGAGCUGCUGCCGCGUAUCGAUCUGCCGACGGCACCCAUCCCGCCAAGCGCGACAGGGAAUCGCAAAGCAAACCCCUCAGAAAAGCUUCCGCCCAUCGGUGGGAAGCCGGAAACAGCGGGCGACUUGAACCGUCUGCGAUUGGAGGCACGCGAUGCUUUGCUGCAAUCCGCCCAGAACGGAAGCUUGGCGGCUGUGCUCUCUGCAGAUCAGUCCGCGGCAGAAAACCUUGGAAGCCUGCGCAAAGAGGCAGCAGCUGCAUUGAUCAAUGCAGCACGCGACGGAAGCCUGGACGUGGCGCUUCGCGAGACCAGGGCCGGCCAGGAAGGAGAUGAACUUGAGGAGCUUCGACAGCAGGCAAGGGCUACCCUGCUACAGGGCGCGCGUGAUGGAUCGUUGAAGGCUGCAUUGCAAAGCACGAAAGAGGAGGAGAACAACGUGGAGGACCUCAGAGUGCAGGCGCGGGAUGCGCUGUUGCGUGCUUCCAUCAACGGCACCUUAGAAAAGGCUUUGAAGGAAGGCAAGCCCGACAAGAAAGCGCAGGCUACCGGGCAAGGGACACUUGAGGAUCUGCGCCUUGAGGCUCGAGAAGCCUUCCUGCUUGCUGCGCAAGACGGAUCCCUGGAAAAGGCUUUGAACGAAGGCAAGACUCUUCAGGCGCCAUCCUUCAAAUACACUCCGUCUGUGGGGUCGUGGUUGCAGAAGAAGCCAUAUCAGGUUCCGCGGCCAUGGUACUACAACGUCCACGGCGAGACUGAAGAUGAUAAGGUGAUCAAGGACCUUCAAAGUGUCAUCGCAGAGAAGGAGCGUGAAAUCGAAAACUUGAAGGCUACGUUGAAGUCAAGCGGGCUUGACCUUCAAGCUCCAGCAGUGGCCUCGGGCAAGCCCGAGGCAGCACCGGCUGCUGCCGCGAAAGCGGAGCCCGCGCCUGCGCCGGCAUCUACGUCCCUGACACCAUUCAGGCCUUACUAUGCCGCACAUCUCCGCACCGUCAAGCCAGAUGCGUUGCAGAAGCUGUACGCAAAGUUCCCGGCCCAGCCGAAGCCCGUGUCAGCGCCGAAAGCACCGGAAAAGCCAGAGCAAGCUGCCAAACCCGCUGAGCUGAAGAGCACUCCCGCGGCAGCUGCCCCAGUCAAGAUGUUUGCCAAGUUGCCGUCGGUCGGAACAUGGCUAGCACCCAACCCGGCCAAGCUUGCUCAAGCCUCACCGGCUGUUCAAACCAAAGCUCCUGAUAUGCAGACUUCAGCCUCUGCCCCGUCCGUUGCACCAGCUCCUCAGAAGUUUGCAAAGAUGCCAUCUGUGGGGACUUGGCUUGCACCCAACCCGGCCAAGUGGGAGGACAAGAAAGAGACAAAAGUUGUGUCAAAGGAGGCGCCCCAGGUUGUCCAAGCUGCGGAACCUCAGGCCGCUCGCAAGCCUUUUAAACAACUCCCAUCCGUGGGAACUUGGCUGGCAUUCAGACCAUUCGAAGAGCCAGCAAAGCUUGUCCCAAUCUUGGAGAGAACCCACAGCAAGCUGCUGUGCAUGAACAAGGAGGAGCUCAUCACGGGCUAUGAGAACGAAAUCCGAAAGCGGGACGAGGAGAUCGCGAAGCUGAAGUCCUCGAAUAAGGCGUAA